AUGCUGGCUGCCCUUCGUUCGUCCCCUUGGGGCCUGCCUGCUCAUGCAGCUUCUUGUGAGGUGUUGGGCUUGGCAGCGCCUCUGCAGGCCCGUUGGGCCAAGAAGAGCAAAAGGAAAAAGAAACCGAAACGCGAAGAUCGUACCGAGGAACAGAAGGCCGCCUGCGCCGGUGCUCGCACGGAUCGCAUCUUCGACAACAUCAUGGAACCUGAGACGCCCUUCCACAUGAGUCGCGUCAUCCGCAAACACCUGCGGGGCUUGAUGGCAGAUGGCCGGCAGAACAUCCGGCGGAAGAAGGACCUGGGCCGCUACACCCACUACCGAGUCUUGCGGAUAGCGGGGCUCACGCACGACUACCCCAGUGAGAACACGGAUCGCCGGGGCUUCCUGACUCCUCUGACGGAGUUGCAGGACGGGGCAACCUUGCCCCGUUCCAUCAAUCAUCGUCGCUUCAACUAUCCUCACACCUUGAGUUACAAGGUCUAUUGGGGUCCACCCACCGUUCAAGAUGAGCCUAACGAGUACGAGGGAUCUAUGGUGGGCUGUACUGUGGCGGUGCGUCUCUGUGACUUGCCAUUGACACAACGGCAAAAGGAGCGUUUGGUGGAUCUGGUGGGCAUGGAGCGAAUCUGUGAGAAAACUGGUGUCUUGACGCUGAAAGCCGACUACUUUCCGGAGAGGAAUCACAACGCUGCACUACUGGGUGACAUGCUUGAGCAGCUGAUGCGGGAGGCUAUGCGCGCAGAUGAUCCUGUUCCUGCUGUGAUCGAAUGAGCUCUCAGCCUCUGUAGAGACAAGGUGUGUAGUCUACAGGUCGAGCCGGUUGUACAAAUUAGCCCGGGAUGGGUAAAGUUCUAACCUCUGCCAAG